AUGUCUGCCAAAGACGUUGUGAGGGGAAAUAAAACAGCCAUCCAAACGAUUCUGUCCGGAGACUACAGGCUGAUCCUCAACAAAGUUUAUGAGAAGGAGCUGAUCACUGAACAGGAGUACAACAACCUUAAAAGUAUCAACAGGGAAGAUGUGGAGGGACACGUUGUUGAGCUCGUGGAUAAGAUCAUGAGUAAAGGAGACGAUACCUGCAGAGCUUUUCUGAACCUCCUGCAAACUGAUGAAAACAUUAAAAGUACUUUCCCUCAGCUGAAGGACUUACAUAAUGACACCCUGUUUCUACCUGACCAAGCUUCUUUACUUCAGCAUGAUGGCUCCAGUCAAAUGGAGUCCCUCCAGGCCUGUGCUGGUGGGAGCAGGUCGUCCUCUAUAGAAGAGGCGCUGGACUCUUCUGAGGUCGCAGCACUUUGCUUCCUGUGUCGUGAUGUUGUUGGCAGACAUCAUCUGAAAGGGAUCACUAAUACCAAAGAACUGUUCUCAAGAUUAAGUGUCCUGCAGAACGAUCAUUUCCUUUUUCAGCUUCUCUCAACUAUUGAUCGAGUAGAUCUUGUCAGGUCCCUGGGCAUAGAUAGCAGACGAUCGAAGGACACAGAUGAGAAUCCUGUUCUGUCACAGUACAGGGUGAUGCUGUACAAAAUAUAUGACUCUAUGAAUAAUGAGAAUCUCAUAAUUAUGAAGUUUCUACUGAGAUCAAAGCUGGCUAAAAGAAAACUGGAUCAAUGCAAUACAGCGCUGGAUGUGUUUGCUGAGAUGGAAAAGAAAGAUUUAAUAUCAGACACAAAUGUUAGUGUGUUGCAUGAAGUACUCCAAGAGUUUGAUCAAGAGCUGGCAAUGAUUGUAGAGAACUACGUUCAAGGCAGAGGAGAGAUUAUUUACACUGAUGCACGACCACAGCCCAUCUCUCUUCCUGAUCAGUCAGAAUACUACACUUUGACUCAUAAAUCUCAUGGUUUAUGUGUAGUCUUCAAAAAUGACAUCUUCACAGGAACAUAUCUGUUGAAGAAUCGAAGAGGAACUCAGAAGGAUGCAGAUGCUCUGAACACAGUGUUCACGCUCUUUGGCUUUAAAGUGCUGAUACACAACAACCUGACUGCAGCACAAAUGCUAAAUGAAAUAAGAAUGUACAGCAAGAGGAAUUUUGUGAAUGAUGAUGCUUUGGUGGUAUGCGUGCUUUCAUAUGGAGAAAAGGGGUGUGUCUUUGGCACCGAUGAGACCAGGGUGUCCCUGAAAGAGCUGAUGCUCCCCUUUACAAGUGGAAGAGCCCCAACCUUGGCAGGGAAGCCCAAACUCUUUUUCUUUGACGGACCUCAGGGUGAUGGAUACCAGAAAGGAUACUAUCCCUGCACCACAACACCAGGAGAGGAUGCGAGGGAGACACAAUUCUUAAUGGAAGGAAAUUCACACAUGGGGAGACAGUUCGAGACAGUGCCUUCAGAAGCAGACUUUCUGAUAGGCAUGGCCACCGUGGAGGAAUUCACGUCAUUUCGAAAUACACUCACAGGAUCCAUUUACAUCCAGGAGCUGUGCAGGCAGCUGACAAGAUCAGCAGAAAGUCAGGAGAUGGAUGAUAUCCUCACUGUCCUGACACGUGUGAACAGGGAGGUCAGCAAAGGAGAGUUUUUAUUCCACAAACAAAUGCCAGAGCCCAGAUACACUCUCACCAAGAAGCUUGUCCUCAAAUCUGUGUCACCCGGCUGUGACUAA